AUGUCUGAUCCGGAUACAAAUAAGCAAGAUAACGAAAAUCCUUUAGAUAUAGAUGGAAGCAGUUUUAACUCAGAAAUGUAUUUAGACUGCUUAAUGAAAUGUGCUACGCUACGGCAAGUAAUGGAUAAAGAGGCAGAAGUAAUCACCCAAAGCCAAUUCCUUCAAUCCGAAAUGCAGACAUUGGUGUACGAAAACUACAAUAAGUUCAUUUCAGCUACUGAAACCGUACGUAAAAUGCGAUCGGACUUUCAAAUUAUGCAAGAGGAAAUGAAUAAGUUAAGUGAAAACAUAAAUAAAAUCACAACCUUCAGCUCGAAUAUAUCUGAAACUCUCAAAGAAAGUGGUAACAAUGUGAACAGGCUCUGCAGUACUCGGCAGUUGUUAGAUAAAUUACAAUUCCUAUUCCUACUACCGACUCAGUUGAAUAAAGCAAUUCAAGAGGGACGAUAUUCUGAUGCUGUCCAUGAUUACACACACGCACAAAAAGUACUGCAGAAGUAUGGUGAUCAACCAUCAUUUCAAAGUAUUCAAUCUGAAUGCUCAGAAAUAAUUUAUGAUUUAAAGAAAAGCUUGAGAGAAAAGCUACUCACCCCUGACACUACAGCUUCUGAGUUAGCUGAGAGUGUAGGCUUAUUGAGACAACUGCAAGAAUCUGACUCAUCUUUGCAAGAUAUCUUUUUAAACUGUGCUGAAAGUAGACUAGAACAACACCUUAAAUCUUUAAGCUCUAUGGUCAAUAGCACAGAUAUACUGGAAUGGGUUGAGAAGUGCAAUGGAGCAAUAUUAGCUGACCUUGGUAUUGUUAUUACUUGCUACCAUGACAUGUUUCAGGAUAAAGAAAAUACCAAUUUACCAGAUUUUGCUGAUAAAGUUAUGAGUCAAGUGUUUCACCUUUUUGAAGAUGUUGUAAGGAGGCCAGAGAAUAUAGGCACGGAAAUACUCAUCAGAGGCUUGGAUAAAUUCUUUAGGAAAUUGCAAGCUAUGUCUGAAAUAAUAUCCAGUGAUGGUGUGUCCAAUAAAGCUUUAGAUGUUGUCAUACAAUGUAUCAAUCACAAAGCCACAAUGCAACAUCAAACAAUUCAAAUUCAAUUUAAGGAGAAUCUCAUGAGAGUGAGGCAGUCUUUAGCCACAAAAGGCACAGAGAAUGCAGAUCUAAAAGACAUACUAAAUUCAUUGCAAGUCUAUUUGAUGCAGAAAAUUCAAGCAUCCCUCUUAGACCUUAUGGCAUUUCUACAGAACAAUCUUUCUUUUGGCCUCAAACCUUGGUGUGCAAAAGGCGUAGCUGACAGCUGCUGGUUAGUUAUCUCUGAAACCUUGAUAAAUCUCUCAGAUAUGGUAAAAACACUGUCUGUAAUGCAGACCUCAAAUAACAUACCCUUUGAGCUGCUACUCAUUUUAGCCAAAUUAUGUUUAGAAAUACAGGAAAAUGGAGUUACAAUACUACAUAAUCAUUUAACAAGGCUACUAGAAGAGGCUUCGCCAGGUUUAUCAAUUGAUAAGAAGGAUACAAAUAAUAUCAUGGUUAAUCUGUCAACAGCAGCACAAUCUGCGUUAGAUUCAGAAGUGGUAUUCAUUGGACAGACUGCAGCACAAAUGCUGCGGGUGUCUGUACUAGCCAGAGAUUGGUUACGGGCGCCCGAGCCUCGCGGCCCCAGGGCAGUGUGCAGACGAGUAGUAGAAACCUUGGCUAGUGCUGACAGCGCUGCGUCACAACUUUUCCCUACAAACUUUAAGCCAUCUAGCGAUUCGAGUCGGCGGACCAUAUGGUCCAGGGCACCAUCUUCUUUCUCGCCGAUCAAUAGACUGUUCUCUGAGAGAAUUGAAGUCUUUAGCCCGGCCGGAGCUGACCGCGCGGCGUUGUCAAAUGGAGCGUUGAAAGUAGCGCUCAAGGCGUUAGUGGAGUGUGUAAGACUGCGCACCUUUAGUCGACAUGGGUUGCAACAGUUGCAAGUAGAUGUCCAUUUCUUACAGCAAAGGCUCUCUUGUAUGGGAAAUGACGAAAGACUACUUAAUGCUCUUUUGGAGGACGCAUUGUCGUCCGCGCAGUUGCGCUGCGUUGACCCUCAAUUGAUGGAGCCAAGUAUAGUGGACAUCAUUUGUGAGCGUGGAUAA